GGAGCAGCUUGGGAAAUGAUGAGCGCGCGUGCUCAGUCAGAUUGGCUGCUGUUGUCCCUUCACGCGCAGUUCCAAGUGAACGGCUGUCGCGCGCCCGAUCUAAUGUACAGAAGGUUGUCAACGGCGAGGAGCUUACAAGAAGUCGGUUGGACUGAAAUAUUACCGAAUCCCAGGAAUGAACAGAGUUGGGCUGCUGGAGAUGAAGGUGGAGGAGGAGGAGGAUGGCCUAGGUAGUGAGGGGAAGGCUGUAGUAUUACGAUGUCAUCAUGAGCUCCUGUCCACGUCCACUCAUCCACGCACGCACAUGGUGUAGCUCUCUUCACUAAGAACAGCAAGAAAACAACGAGGAGACUCGGCUGAAACUCCAGGCUUGAGGCGAACAGACUCGUGUGUGGUUGAUGGUCCGGCGUCAGAUUCCUGAUUCUUGAUUUUUGGGUUGAGUUCAUCAUGGGGGACGCCGACUCCACCGGCUCCAUGCGUCUAAAGCAAGAGAUCUCACUACUGCACGGUGUCUGCCUCAUUGUGGGGAACAUGAUUGGCUCGGGCAUUUUUGUUUCACCCAUUGGUGUUCUUGAGCAAACAGGAUCUUACGGUCUGUCUCUGGUGGUUUGGGUUAUUGGAGGAAUCUUUUCUGUUUUUGGUGCCCUGUGCUACGCCGAGCUGGGCACAACCAUUCGCAAGUCCGGAGCUAGUUAUGCCUACAUCCUGGAAAGCUUUGGGGGCUUCCUUGCAUUCAUCCGUCUGUGGACCUCGCUGAUGAUCGUGGAACCAGCCUGCCAGGCUGUCAUUGCUCUUACUUUCGCUAAUUACCUAGUGAAACCGUUCUUCCCCACCUGCCCGGCACCAAAUGAUGCAGUACGACUCAUUGCAGCUCUCAUUAUAGGUCUUCUCACCUUUGUAAACUGCAUGAAGGUGAAAUGGGGGGCCAUUCUUCAGGUCAUCUCCACUGUGGCUAAAGUCCUGGCCAUCAUUCUCAAAAUUGCAUUGCAUUUGCACUGCUGUGCCUCAGGAAAAACAAACAACUUUAGGGAUUCCUUUGAGAACUCUAAACUGGAUCCAGGAAACAUGGCUCUGGCUCUGUACGCCGCUCUGUACUCGUACUCGGGCUGGGACACUCUGAACUUCAUCACAGAGGAGAUUAAAAACCCAGAGAGAAACCUGCCAUUGUCUAUAGCGAUCUCCAUGCCUAUUGUCACAAUAAUCUACAUCCUGACUAACAUCGCCUAUUAUGCAGUGCUGGACAUGAAUACACUGCUACAGAGUGAAGCUGUGGCUGUGACGUUUGCUGACUAUGUGCUGGGAUAUGCUAGCUGGCUCAUCCCGCUGUCUGUGGCCAUCUCCUGUUAUGGAGGUUUAAACUCCUCUAUCAUUUCCGCCUCCAGGCUAUUCUUUGUGGGUUCGCGUGAGGGGCAUUUACCCAGCAUCCUCUGUAUGAUCCACGUCAAACGCUACACACCAAUCCCAGCCCUGCUGUUUAACGGUGGCAUGUCACUCAUAUUUCUCUGCGUGAAAGAUGUUUUCCAGCUAAUUAAUUACUUUAGUUUUAAUUACUGGCUGUUCAUUGGCCUUUCUAUAGGCAGUCAGAUCUACCUGCGCAUCAAAGCACCUGACCUGCCCCGUCCUGUUAAGUUGAGUCUGUUCUUCCCUAUAGUGUACUGCCUGUGCAGUGUGUUUCUGGUGGUUGUACCGCUGUACAGUGACACUGUAAACUCUCUGGUGGGAAUCUUCGUCGCUCUCUCCGGGGCUCCUGUGUAUUACAUAUGUGUGUACCUCCCGCCCAGCUCCAGACCCGCCUUUCUGGGACACAUGCUCAAUGCAUUUUCAUUGCAGACACAGAAGCUGUGUUAUUGCUGCGUGGCAGACCCCAGCUUGGACCUGGACAAUCCGCCUGAGGAUCACAAGAAAGAAUAAACAUCGGCUCUAAAGAAAGCUAAACCAAAGAAGACAGAUUACCCAGACUACUUUGAGAAUAAUCCAAAACUCAAGCCAGAACCGCACGUCUGCACCUUCCAGUCUUGAGCGUGCAUGGAGUUGAGCAAUGGAUAGAGAUGGAGAUUAGAACUGAAAUAUUCAACCGAGUAAACAACUGAACACAAAAUCCCUCAGACCUCUGACUGUGUUUUGAACAUUAAGUUCAGUCCAGUGGACACAAGAAUGUGACGGUGAUACUGUGUUUUAAAAAUUAGGUUUACCUUCUUGUUUUAUUCAUAAAUGUUUAUUUUAUUUGUCCUUUUGUGAGCUUCUGCUGUUCAUCACAUAAGACUUAUAUGACACUACUGGAGAUGGUCAACUUUUGUAAGGCCUGUUAAACCCGAAACAUGGCAACUUUAGAGAUCUUCAGCAUGCAUUUUUGCUGGAUAAUGAAUUUUGUUUACUGAGAUGAAGGACCGUUUCAUAGGUACUCCAGACUUGAAAGCCAUAUCUUUUUUUAUCUUCUUUUUUAGUUAUAACUCCAGUUGGGAAAAUUGCUUUGUUACUAAAGUUAUUCUGUGGGCCUUAAUUCAGCUUUGUAUAAAGAUGUAUUCCUGUUAUUGAGUGUGUCCUAAUAGUCCAAAGCACAGUAUGUGUUUUGUCAUGUUGUCCAGACCAGAAAAGUGUGGAUCUGUUGUUUUUAGAUUUUGCUUUUAUUUUUAGUGAAUAAUAUCUUUCCAUUUGUUUGUAUCAUUUAAGUGACUUUUUUUUAUUUUUUAUUCUGGAUCAUUUCCUUGGUCCCAAAAGGGUGAUGGUACAGUUUGCAAUUGCAUAAAUGGUUUGGAAAGCAGUUUUUUGGAGCACUGCCAUUAUGUACAGAAAUGUGUUUAACGGACAGUUAUCGUUUGAGUUUACAAGAGAGGAAUCUGUGUCUUGACGUGUUCACAAGUUUUGGUCGAUCUCAUCUUCUGAUGUUUCUAAAUCAUCUUAUUUUGUAUGAUUGUUUACGCACAGACAUCACUUUAAAAACUGAUGGUCAGAUGUGUCAUUUUCCAGGAUUUCCAGCUCAUUUUCUGUCACCAAAACAAAAUAUUUCAAUGUUGAUCAUCUUCAUGUUUGUUCUGUGAUAAAUAUUCCAUCGAUUUUUCCUUGCGUCAUAAGUACUGUAUUGUUAUUAUACGUGCCUUAAAGCAGUUGUGAUUUUAUAUGACCAGAUGAGCAAUAUUUUGUGCAGGACAUUCAAAUAUUCUACAUACAGUCUUUUGAGAGUUGAUGUUAUAAACCUAUGUGCUCUUCUAAAUGUUCUUCCAUUGCAUUCCAUUGUUUUAUGUUCAUGUGUAACUGUUCUUUUAUUUAUUCCAUAGAUGCAGAAGUGUAGACACUAUGACAAUAAACAUAAGACAAAAAAAAACUUGUCAU